AUGGCCCACAACCGUACGCUGUUGGGCUCAAAGUGGAAAGCAAAACCGGCCGGAUUACCACUCUACAAGGAAAAGCCGCUUGCUGUAUCGCAUAAACGAAACAAAAUCGUCAUGUUGUUCAAAGGUUUCUUGGUUUCGUUGGUGUUAUACUUGGGUUUUUACGUGGUUACCAAUCGUAAAUCUACCACUCUGUGGUCUUCCAGACAGGAAGAGGUACGCCAGGUGUUCUUGGAAUCGUGGAACUCCUACCGAAACCAUGGCUGGGGAACCGAUGUUUAUCAUCCAAUAACAGAAAAAGGUGAGAACAUGGGUCCCAAGCCAUUAGGCUGGAUGAUUGUCGAUUCUCUCGAUACUUUAGCUCUCAUGGACCUUCCCGACCAAUUGAAACAGGCCAGAGAGUGGAUAAAGACCGACUUGAAUUACCAUUUUGAUUAUGAGGUCAAUGUCUUUGAAACCACCAUUCGCAUGUUGGGUGGUCUCUUAUCCGCCCAUCAUUUGACGAAGGAUGAUUUGUAUUUGGAUCGAGCGGUGGAUCUCGCUAAUGCCCUCAUUGGAGGUUUUGAAAGUCCCAGCGGACUUCCUUACUCUUCAGUCAACCUCGAAACAGGAAAGGGUGUGAAAAAUCAUGUCGAUAAUGGAGCAUCUUCCACGGCAGAGGUGUCUACUCUUCAAUUGGAAUUCAAGUACUUGGCCAAGCUUACGGGAGAAGCCAUGUUUUGGGAAAAGGCUGAGAAAAUCAUGGAAAUUCUUGAUAAUAAUAAGCCUCAGGACGGUCUCGUACCUAUCUACGUUCAUCCCGACACUGGAAAAUACCAAGGAAGUUUGAUUCGCUUGGGCUCGCGUGGAGAUUCGUACUACGAGUACUUGCUCAAGCAGCAUCUUCAGACAAAAGAGCAAGUAUACUGGGACAUGUACAGAGAAUCAGUUGCAGGAGUUCAGAAGCACUUGGUACGCAAAACAGCCAAGAGCGGCUUGACAUUCAUAGGUGAGCUCGAGCAUGGUAUUGGAGGUCCAUUGAGCCCGAAAAUGGACCACUUGGUCUGUUUCUAUGGCGGUCUCUUGGCGGUUGGAGCCACGAACGGACUCACCUACCAGGAAGCAAAGAAGCAACCAUUCUGGAACGAAGAACGAGAAUCACAUUUCAAACUAGGUGAAGAGUUGACCUACACAUGUUACCGCAUGUAUAAAGACGUUCCCACUGGAUUGUCACCAGAGAUUGUGGUAUUUAACGAGGAAGACAAUGGCCAAGCCGACUUCUUUAUCAAGCCAUUGGAUAGACACAAUUUGCAACGACCAGAAACGGUGGAAUCUCUCUUUUAUUUGUACCGGUUAACGGGUGACAACAAGUAUCGUGAGUAUGGGUACGAAAUAUUCCAAAGCUUUGUCAAACAUACCAAAGUCACCAAUAACCAGGGAGAAGUGUCUUACACGUCGCUAGCCGAUGUUACUCAGAUACCACCAAGAAAGCGAGACAACCUUGAGUCGUUUUGGUUUGCUGAGACCCUCAAGUAUUUGUAUCUCCUCUUUGACGAAACUAACAAGAUUCCACUUGACCAAUACGUCUUCAAUACCGAGGCACAUCCAUUCCCAGUGUUCGACCCUGAACCAUUUACGACGGGAUGGAGAAGGCAAUUUACGAAAGUUGGACAGGAAAAGCAGAAGGAAACUCACAAAAUCAGCAACAAGAAACCACCGCAAGCAGCUCCUGCUAACAAGCCCUUGGAAGAACAGGAAAAGGAAGUUGUGAAGGAGAAUCCAGAGAUCAAAUCGCCACCUAAAGAGAGUGAAGAGAUGUUUAACAUACUAGAGUAG